GAGAGAGAGCGAGAGCUGUUUUGGUGUGUUGUUGUGGAGAAGACAGACCACGGAAUCGAAUCCGAGCGCCGAUGUCCGAAUCCCCCCGCUGUUAUCUCCUUGUAGCAACCCUGCGCUUGAGCAGAACCCAAGGAGAUGCAACCCCUCUGUCUCGGCCUCUCUCCCUUGCCACCACCCUAUAACUCUAAUUAUUGCUGUGGUUAUUGCUGUUGUUGCUAUCCUCCUCCUCCUACUACUAACACCACUGCUGCUGCUGCGGCUGUAGUAGGAGUUGCUGCUGUUACGAUCUCAGCUGCCUUUACCCUUUGGCUCGCUCUCCUUCGCCGAGUCCAUCCACUGGCAUGCGGAGAGCUUCUUCCCCUUGUUUUUUCUGAUGGCCUCCACCUCUUUCCUCCUCUUCCCUCCCCCAGCUCAUGACUCGUCUCCCUCCUCCGCUGAUCAGCCCAACUCCAACUGCUCCUCCUCCUCCUCCUCCUCUCUUAUUAGAGCCAACUCUUCUCCACUUCCUCCCCUCCAACCACUACUGUUGUUGCCUCCUCAGCAGUUCCAUUAUUUUCGUCAGCAACAGCAUCAGCAGGAGGAACAGCUUCUGCAACUCCUCUAUCUCCAGCAGCAGCAGCAGCAGCAGCAGCAGCAGCAGGAGGAACAAGAUAAGAUGGUGAGGAAGAGGCUGGCUUCGGAGCUCGACCUCCAGUCCGACUCUCCAUACGGCCCUGCUCGCCUCUCUCGCCGCACCACAACCGGUGCCUCCUCCUCUUCCUCCGCCAAUCCUACGUUCCUAGGGGAUGUCCUCCCCGGCCAGCCCUCUCCACUGUUCAAUCCGCCUUCGACGCUUCCCGUUGACGUCGGCCAACAAAGCGCCGCUGCUUCCGUUUUGUUGCCAGUUACUACUAGUAGUACUCCGCCUGGCCUUCUACCGUCUUUGCCUGCUCCUCCGCCUCCAGCUCUUCCUUCGCUGGCCGUCUGUGGGUUCUCAGGCUUGCCCCUCUUUCCGCCCGAUGAUGAUCGUAUUGCUUUGCCUUCUUCGAACGCAGAGGGACUGCAGCUUGUUUCUGCCUCUGCCAUCGGCGGUGGUGGUGGGAGCUCCGAUGAUGCCGGGGUAGGUACCGCUUGGGUGGACGGGAUUAUCCGCGAUAUCAUUAAUAGCUCCGCCGGCGGGGAGGUUUCCAUCCCUCAGAUAGUUAACAGCGUCCGCGAGAUAGUACACCCAUGCAACCCAGGCUUGGCGGCCCUCCUAGAGUUCCGACUCCAGUCGCUCUCAUCCGACCCAUCGCCGGCCGCAGCACUGCACUCGCUUCCCAAUAGCGCAGCGCUGGAUCCCUCCGACAAACGGCGGAGGGACACGAGGGUGGCUCCGCCGCUGCCGGAGACAGUACAAGCACCGAAACGAGCCAACCAGGCGCCGCCCUUCACAUUCGCCCCAGCAGUUGCUGGCGGCGGAUGGGAAGAACCAACAAGCCGCCUCCAAAGCGCACAACAGAACCCGCAGCCACAACAGCAACCACAACCCCAACCUCAACCUCAAAGGAGCUCCACCUCCGUUUCCUCGGACGAGGCAACGGCGGCGACGGCGGCUGCCUCAGCGGCAGCGGCAGCGGCCGCGAGGAAGAGGGAAGAGAUGCAACAGAGGAAGAGGGACGAGGAGGGCCUCCACCUGCUGACGCUCCUGCUCCACUGCGCGGAAGCGGUAGCCGCCGACAACUUGGAGGAGGCGAACCGGUUGCUACUGGAGAUCUCGGAGCUGUCGACCCCCUUCGGCACGUCGGCUCAGCGCGUUGCUGCCUACUUCUCGGAGGCAAUGUCGGCUCGUCUGGUGAGCUCGUGCCUGGGCCUGUACGCGCCGCUUCCGACCGUGCCCCACCGCCACCGUCUGGCCUCCGCCUUCCAGGUUUUCAACGGUAUCAGCCCCUUCGUAAAGUUCUCCCACUUCACGGCCAACCAGGCGAUACAGGAGGCGUUCGAGCGGGAGGACCGUGUUCACAUCAUCGAUUUCGACAUCAUGCAGGGCCUCCAGUGGCCGGGCCUCUUCCACAUCCUGGCCUCCCGCCCCGGCGGCCCUCCGCGGGUGCGCCUCACCGGCCUCGGAUCCUCCAUGGACGCUCUCGAGGCCACUGGCAAGCGCCUUUCCGACUUCGCCGAGACGCUCGGCCUCCCCUUCGAGUUCGUUCCAGUUGCCGAGAAGGUCGGCAACCUGGACCCCGAGCGCCUCGGCGUGUCCCGCCGUGAGGCCCUCGCGGUGCACUGGCUGCACCACUCGCUCUACGACGUCACCGGUUCGGACACCAACACUCUCUGGCUUCUCCAAAGGUUGGCACCCAAGAUUGUAACAAUGGUGGAGCAAGAUCUCAGCCAAGCAGGUUCUUUCUUGGCUCGGUUCGUGGAGGCGAUCCACUACUACUCGGCCCUCUUCGAUUCGCUCGGCGCCAGCUACGGCGAGGACAGCCAGGAACGGCACAUUGUCGAGCAGCAGCUGCUGUCUCGGGAGAUCCGCAACGUGCUCGCCGUGGGUGGCCCGGCGCGCACCGGCGAGGUCAAGUUCAGCAACUGGAGGGAGAAGCUUAGUCAGUCUGGCUUCCGUGGGGUCUCGCUCGCAGGCAAUGCAGCAGCCCAGGCCACCCUCCUCCUGGGCAUGUUCCCCUCCGACGGCUACACCUUGGUCGAGGAGAACGGCACGCUCAAGCUGGGAUGGAAGGAUCUCUGCUUGCUUACAGCUUCAGCUUGGAGACCGAUCAACCACCACCAGGCCGCCGCCACCUCCACCCUAGUUGGCGCCACUCGGUAGGAGAAGAACGAUACAUUUCAUUGUUAUUCCAAGUAGGUAUUGCAUGUUACUUGUUAGUUACUCGAUAGUUCUCAGAGUUACAAAACCUCAUCUUCUUCUUCUUCUUCUUCUUCGUCUUACCACCUACCACUGCUUUUCCUGUGUGCAAGAGACUGAUGUCUUGCCUAACGAAGUGGUUGGGUGAGGAGAGAACGCAUGUCAUAGAUCUGUCUUUGCUAUGAAUGCUUUGAACUAGGUGAGGUUAGCAGCGACACUGCUUUUUCUUCUA